AUGGACAACCGACUCCUCCAAUCGUCAGUUCUCUACGAACACCACAACACGACCCUCUAUGGCAACUACACCGACAUUUGCGACGUUUGCGACAAAACCAAUCAGUUUUAUUAUGAUUUUUGAGAUCAGUCUCAAAUAAUUAUUUCAAGGCUGGAGGAGAUUUUCUGCUCCGACGACGAGUUCUGCUCCGAGUACACCUCGAUGAAAAUGAACUGCAUCAAGGGAUUCCCCGGCUUCAAUUUGGCUACUCUCAAUGGUUUUUAUUUCAAUUCAUAUAUGGGGCACAGACAAAAAAUGUGUUAUUUUGGUCAGCGGUUUGAAAAAAAAUCAACGGGAUCAAUUAUCGAGCGCCGCCCGAUUUUCAUAGUGUUUUGGGGUGGCGACCAGUUUUUCGCGGCUUAGCUUCGGCGAUUGGAAAAUAACGGAAACAUAGGCGGAAAAUAUUCAUGAGAUAUCAUAAGGAGAGACCACUGAGAAGCGAAAAAAUUAAUGCUACCAAAAAAGGACGGAGAUCUGAAUGAUAAUCAGAAUAUAUAGGUCCUUUCAGUUAAAGAUUUUCCAGUUAAAAUUCACUUUUUUGUGUUUGACUUGGAUUUUUGUAUCGACUCAAAUAUUGUCAAAGUCGGAAGUGCAAAAAACGGGUGCAAAAUUGCCGCUAAAAUGGUUCCGUUUUGCGUCCUUUAUUGAACUUUUCUUUCUUGGUGGGAAAAAAGAGAGGUCGCAAAUGGUAUAAGAAAACCACUUUGUAAAGGACGAAAAAAAGUCUUCAAAAUGCACUGAAUCCCUUUCUGAAAAACCAAAAGAGAGUCGAGAAAAAAGGCAAGAAAGAACUACCUAAAUACGUUACGUUUCACGAAGCGUAUAUCAAAAACACAUCCAAAUUUCAGAUGUUCGACCUCUAUCUGCCAUCCCAAAAUAAUAAUGAAAGAUUUUUUGGAGCUACAAAUUUGCAGCCGAUUUAAAAUCUGAGCUUGAGAGUUUUUUCUUCAUAAAAAUGAACUUUAGACAAUUUUGGCGCGGCUUUCAUGGGCAAGUACGAAGUGCUGCCGGGAGUUCGAGGCAAGGAACAAGCCGAAGUUGUUCAGGCAUGUUUUAUACCAUUUUCCUUGUUUUAAGUCUAGGAUCGGAAGAUUUUGAUAGCUUCGAGUAGCUUUUGAACUACCAAAACCUCCUUUUCAAGCCCUUACUGCUUUUUUCCAGGCCUUUCAAGUUUUAAUUUCUGAGUUUGAAUUUUUUCUGUUCUUUGUUCUUUGGAUUAUGAAGGCAGCCACAACUUUUCAAUUUCUCGCCAAAAAACAUAAUUUCCAGGACGAGCCUUCCGACUUUUUCGUCUUGAUGGCCAUCUACUUCCCAGCCGUAACCGGAAUCUUCACCGGCACUAACAUGAGCGGUAUUAAAGUCAUCAAAAUGUUAGAAAAGCAUCAUUUACAGGAGACUUGGCCGAUCCGCAAAGGUCGAUCCCCGUCGGGACAAUCUCCGCCACCGUCACCACGUCGGUCAUCUACUACAUCCUGGCGCUUCUCUUCGGCGGCUCUAUCGAUCGCUCCGUACUUCGUGACAAGUAACUCUAACCACGAGAUCUGAGAUAAAGCGUUGAAUCAGAUUCGGUCGGUCCAUCGACAACACAAUGGUCGUAGCUGCUCUGUCUUGGCCUUCGCCAUGGAUCGUCACCGUCGGCGCGUUCUUGUCGACGUUUGGAGCCGCUCUUCAGUGUCUUUGCAGUAAGUUUCGACUCGUUCUAGUUGGAAAGGUUGAUCGUUCAUCUUCAGGUGCUCCUCGACUCCUUCAAUCCAUCGCCAAAGAUGACGUCAUCCCAAUAUUGGCUCCGUUCGCCAGAGUUACGAAGAGCAAUGAGCCUUUCUUAGGGUGAGGCUUGAAAUAAUCCUUAGAGCUACAAAAUCGAGCUCACCAUAUUUUCUUUUUUCAGUCUGAGUAAUUAGAGGUUGUAUAUAAAAUUAAUUCGAAAAAAAAGACUGUUUUUCAAGUUCUGAUACUGAACUUCUCUUCCUCUUCAGCCUGGUGUUGACCGUCAUCAUCGCCGAGUGUGGGAUCUUGCUCGGCGCCGUCGACAAAAUCGCCGAAGUCCUAGACUUUUUCUUUCUGAUGUGCUACGCCUUCGUCAACCUCAUCGCUUUUCUGCACUCGGUCUUGAAAGCGCCCAACUGGCGGCCUCGCUUCAAAUACUUCCAUUGGUAGAAUUUUUUCGAUCUUCGAACUGAAUAAACAAUUCAGGUCCUUGUCGUUGAUGGGAGCCUUUCUGUGCUUCUUCAUCAUGUUCGCUUCUGAUUAUCGACUCGCCCUGGUGGCGUGUGCUGCGACGGCGAUCAUUUACAAAUACGUCGAGUGGAAGGGGUGAGGAUAGUCCGAAAAUUGGACCCUAUGUAGAUAAUCUGAAUCUACAAUAUGUAGUUAUUGAUGCUGAUUCUGAAAUUAAUCAUAAAAAGUCGGAACGAGGUCUGAGAAAAAACUUAUGACCAAGUUUUCAAUCAAGCUAACUUGUGAGCCUCUCCUUCACUAAACCCCUUCAGUUCAUGUGGCUAUAACUUUUUCAUGGACCUCCAAGAAAAUAUUGCAGAUUGAAAAUGAGUUUGAAAAAAACUACAUCCCUUGCUUUCUGUCUCAAUAAUAUGUACCUCUGGGACUUAGCAACCCCCAAAAGUAGAGUGACGCUUAAUUUACUAUUUAUUUAUGUAGCUAAUGAAAUAAAAAAAUAUUCAUUUCUGUAUUCAAUGAAAUAAAAAAAAGUUCAGUGUACAGCUCAUCUACCAGAAUAUCAUAUUGAGGUUCCUAAACUCCUACAGAGGCUAGAAAAUCCCAAAAUACAGCUUCAAUAUUUUUCAGAGCCAAAAAGGAAUGGGGCGACGGAAUGCGCGGACUGGCGCUGACCACCGCCCAAUACAGUCUCCUGAAAGUCGAGGACAAGGAUCCGCAUCCGAAAAACUGGCGACCACAGGUCCUGAUCUGCCUCAGCACCCAGUGGUCCAAGGAGAUCAUCGACAGAAGGGCCGUUUCGAUGCUCAACCUCGCGGCUCAGCUCAAGGUCUAUUUCAUUCUUCCAGUAAAAAAUCUAUAGAAAAUUAGCCAAAAAUCUUUCUAUGAACCGUGCAACGCGCUCCAUCGUUAAAUUUUAGGCAAAAUGUUUUUUGAUUCUCAAAAAGACGCUUUCUCGUACAACAGUCACACUCAGAACUAAUAGAUUCUAAGACUCAAAACUUUGAAUAAAUAUUAAUGAAUUUGAGGAAUGCACCAGCAGUGAUAAAGGACUGUAUAACUGAUAAUAAAUUAAAGAAUUAAGAAUUGAAAUUUUCGAAAAUUUGUGCUUUUACUGUGUACUAUACUACGAAUAAAACUGAAAUUCUCAAUUCAGGCCGGCCGAGGUCUCGCCAUCGCCUGUGCCUUCCUGAAAGGCAGCGUUGACUCGACCAAGGACAAGAAUCGUGCUAGUGAGGUUUGGCAAAAAGAAGAAUCAAUUUUCCAUCAUGAAGAAGUGUUUUCAGGUGAAACAUGAGCUUUUCAAAGACAUGAAUGCGGUCCGGUUGCGGGGCUUUGCUAAGACGAUGUUCUAUAAUAAUCAUCAGGUAGGUUUUCGAGCUCUGUCGACGUUUCCUGACCUUAAAGUGAAGAUAAAGAGGGCGUAGACAUGUCACACAGUUGCGAUGUUCCUAAGAAAACUUGAAAAACUUGCUUUGUUCAGACUGAAAUCUCGGACUUCGUCUUUACCAUAAGUCUUCCAAGAUAUACCGAUCCAUUUUCCAGAUCAACGGCACCAUCUCCUCCUUCUACCAGGCCAUCGGCAUCGGCGGUCUCAAACCCAACACGGUGCUGCUCAACUGGCCCAACGACAAGAACAUCGACGAGGUCGUUCUCUUCGCCGAGGAGCUGAUCCACGGCGCCGCCAACGACUACUGCAUCAUCACGACUAAAGGCAUCACCGGGUUUCCCGACUCGAAUGAGCGUCUUAUUGGGUAGAGUUUACAUCCUCGAACUUGUAGAGGCUCUCAAAUUCAGGUACAUUGACAUCUGGUGGAUCGUUCAGGACGGCGGGAUUCUAAUGCUGAUCGCAUUUCUUCUGCGCCAACACAAGGUAUUUUCCCGUGUUUUCUUUGUCACUAUUUUAUAUCAAACAAAUCAAAUCCUUUCAUAAUCUUUAAAAUUUCUCUUUUCAAGGUCUGGCGAGGUUGCAUGCUCCGAAUAUUCGCAAUCAGCGAGCAGGACUCUACCAAAAGUGAUCACAUGAAGGCCGGACUCCAAAAGUACAUCUACAUGCUUCGGAUCGACGCUGAGAUUUUUGUAGGAGCAAACAAGAAAAAAAAUAAUAAAAGAUGAAAAUUCAGAUAGUGGAUCUGCUGGAUCAAGAAGUUUCGAAGGAAGUUAUCGAAAAGACGGCGGAAAUCGAGAAGAGACAGAAAGAGAAGGAAGAGCUGAAGCGCAGUCGGAGCUACAUCAAUGAGGCCUACGAGGCUGAGGAGAAGUCCGGCAGCGUUCGGAACAAAUUGCGGCAAAGUGAGAAAGAUUUUCAAAGGUUCCACUUUUGAGAACUGUCGAUUUGGGGCUUGAAAAGCAAAAAACUAGAGAAAAAAAGCUCAAAAAAAGCUGUUUUUCACCAACUUUUCCAGGUACUUUGAAGAGAAAAAUUUACGAAAAAUUUCAAAUCGACCUCGAAAAGAAUGAACUAACCUUUUAAGAAGGUCAUUUUUUAGUCUAAAACCAUUAAAAAAAAUUUUUUGUGUACUAAGGAAUUUCAGAGUGAUCCCUACAGGGGUUAGGGAGAAAACAGCCCCUAUAGUGGCCCAAAAAUUGGUCCCUCCAGGAGUAAAAACAAGGUGGUUCCUAUAGGGGUUUAGGGUUUGACCCCUUAGUUCUUAAAGCUAAAGUGGUCCCUAUAGGGGUCUUUCAGUUGUUUUCAACUGUUCAGUUUUUCGCAUGAGAAUGUUCCUUCGCAAAGAGUUCAUAAAAAUUAUCGAUCAGCAUUUCCCCUAUAGAGACCCCUUCUUUAGUGGCCCCUAUAGGGGUAGAUAAAGUGGUCUAUAGAAGGGACCUUUCGAGAGUCCCUAAGGUUGCCGCUAUAGGGACCACUCUGGAGUUCCUAAGUAGGUCCCUCAAUUCUCAAUAAAAACCAAAAAAUUCGGAAAAAGUUGUCACUGACGACAUGAUCCUCCAAAUCCGACACCCUCUGAAAGCUCGAAAAGGACGAGAGAAAUCGCCUCAAAUUCGCGUCGCAUUUGUCCAUUUUAAUCUUGAAAUACGCGGAAAAUGCGCCGAAAACAAGUCGUUUUUGACGUCGUUGCCAAGUUUUCAGGCGACUCAACGAGAAGCUUUACGCCUACGGCCGCCAAUAACGUCGAUGAGGAAACGUCUUUCACUGAGUAAUACGCUUUUUCUUUCGUUUUGCAAAGGAAGAGAAAAAAUUCAGAAGUCCAUUCGAUGAGCUCUACCGGAGUGGGACGCCAAAUGAGGAGAAUGACAAUGGGAUCAAGUUGAAUGUCAGUUUGAAGAUCAAAAAUUGGGGGAAAAUCGAUUCGCUAGAGAUCAACAGCCGUUUGAAGAGACGCCAGAGAAAACUAGCUACUCGCGCUUCUCUGGCGUCUCUUCAGGACACACUGAACUCUCGUUCUAGCUUCUAAAAGUCCUAGUAAAAAAGAUAAUUCAAAAGUAGCUCUGGAAAUUUUUUAAAGAUUAUUCAAAAAGUCGACCCUACGAAUUUUUCAAAAAAGAAAAAACUGACUUGCAGCUUCACAAAAUGAACACGUCCGUGCGUUUGAACCACGUGAUCCGGGAAAACUCUCAAGACGCCCAGUUGAUUCUCCUCAACUUGCCGUCGCCGCCGAGGAAUCGCGUCGCCUUCAAUAAUACUUAUAUGGUUUGAUGAUUUUUAAUGAAUUUUUAAAAGUUCACCCCGCUUUAUAAGCUGUCGAAAAAUAAUAAAAAAGCCUCGGAAAGCUCCUUAUCAAAGGCUCUUAGCAGAACUCAGGGAAAAAAGAGCUUCCACAGAGUAAAAAAUUGAGAAAAACUAAUUAGAUUGAAAAUUAUUUACUCGAUUGCUCAUAGCUUCAAAAUAAAUUUGGGAAAAAAGAUAGAUCUUUAAAAUUUGGCUAAAUAUUGUAAAUAGUAGUGAGCAUGAAAAAGGUUCCAAUAUUGAAGAUCGUUCUUUUUUUUUAAUAAGUUAGUUUUAGAAUUUUCCAAUUUUUAAAAAAUACAGUAUUUUUUAUCAAAUAUCGUAAAUCCAGUUUUCGCUUUGUUACCCAAGCUUUUUUAUAACCUAAAGGUCGAAAUUUUUUUCAAAAAAAUCGUUAUCUGACUCUAUGGGAAAAUUUUCGAAUUUGACUGGUUUUUCAGAUCUUGAUUUUAACCAAUUUUACUCUCUUCUAACAAAAAAAAAAUUGGUUUCUUUAAAACGAAUUUGCGCAUAAUUAUGCCUAACUCCUUUUUAUUGAAAUUAAUUGAUUUUUAAACUUUAUAACAACUGUGGUAAAGUUGGAAUGGUGGAUAAUGGCCACUUAAAGAGAGCGGCUCAAAAAAGGGCGCAAAAGGGCAGCAAAAAGAGCCCUUUUUUCGAGCCUUCCGUUCUUUCUGGAAUUUUAAAGACUCAGUAAAUGUUGGAAAAAGGGAGAGCCAGCAAAAAUGGUGCAUAAGGGCUGAGAAAAUGGAGCAAAAAGGCAGCAAAAAAAAACAUUUCUAUGGAGCCUUUUUCCACCCUUUCCGACUUUGUCUAUGAAGUUUGGGUUGGAUUAGUCAAAAAAUUACAUUUUUUCAAACCCAAAACCUUUUGUUUCCAGAUUUAUCUCGACGUUUUGACGGAAGCCCUGCCGCGAGUGCUUUUCAUCGGGGGCAGCGGAAAAGAAGUUAUUACUAUCGACUCAUGA